AACAAAAAUUCAACGAAAAUAAAUUAAACGAAAUUAAGUGCGACAUUCGAGAAACAACAAAAAGUGCCCAAUACAAAAGGAUACAAGGAUUACUGUGCCACACAUUUAUCAUUGUGUAAAUUGAAUAAAGAAAAUUGCGAGCGAUAAAAAUUAGAUUUGUGCUACAAGGAAAUAAACAAAAUACAAAGUGCAAACUGUGCAAAUUUUUUGAACUGAGCUAAACUGAAGAGUCCAGUCAAGGCAGGAUUUCUAACGAAUUGGUCCGGUGUAAAAGGGUUUAAGAACUACAACAGGAUGACAAGAAAACGUUCGAGUCCCAUGGGACUCGACAUAUAUUUGUCAGCCAUGCUGGCAAUUGUGUUGUUGCCAUUAUUAAUACAAGCUGCUCCCCUGCAAGAUUACACGGAAAUUCAACAAUAUACUGAAGGCUGCUACUACAACUAUAAUCAUUACAAUGAAGGCGAUAGAAUCAUGACAAAUGAGCCCUGUUUGAAUUGUACGUGCCACAAUAAGAUGCUCAUGUGCUAUUUGCGUGUAUGUCCGUUCACGAAGCCCAUUGGACAUGAUUGCAUAGUUGAGAAACGUGAGGAUCAAUGCUGUCCAAUCAUUACAUGUCCCGAAGUUCCUGUAGGUAUUUCACAUGCCGCUCCCGAGCCAGGCACUGAAUUGAGUAUACCCGAGAAAUUCGGAUGCAGUAUUGAUGGCAAAUUCUAUUUAGAAGGUGCUCAGGUUCCCUCAAACCCCAAUAAGCCAUGUGAACUUUGCUAUUGUAUUAAAAACCGCACCUCCUGUUUGAUGCAAGAAUGCACACUGCACAUUGAUGGCUGUACUCCGAUUUACAACAAGGGCUCCUGUUGCCCAGUGCGUUAUAAUUGCGACCACGAAAAUGAUGUUCUUGGAUUGGAGGAUUUCCCAACCACUACAGAAACUACAACAACAUCUACUUCGACCACUACAACCACCGAGAGACCCACAACCGGAUUUAUCCUAACAAGUACGAUGACUCCGGCAGUAUCCACAGAUUGUAUUCACAAUGGAGAGCUGUAUGCUGAUGGUGCUCGAAUUGAGGGUGAGACGGCUUGUGAGAACUGCUAUUGUAUGCGUGGUGACAUUAUCUGUGCUGUCCAAGAAUGUAAGAUGCCAAUGUUGGCUGGUAAUGGUAAGCAAUGUCACGCCAUGCCUCCAGCCGAAGGGGAAUGCUGUCCCAGUAAUUAUAUCUGCGAGGACGAUACAGCCACUACUGAGGUUUAUGAGGCCACUACAUUGCCUUAUGGUGGUCUGGAUGAAGAAGUUAAGGUAACGACAUCGUCUCCAAUUAAAGAUCUCCAUGGUGCCAUACCCGAAGAAGAUAUGCAAUUGCAAACUCACAUUGAUGAAGAGCAAGAAGUAUCCACUGACUCAACGCUGGAUGAUGUCCAACCAACAGAAUCUCCAUCUAUCGGAGAUAAGGAAGCCGAUGAAAAAGCGGAGGACAAACCUAGGGAAGACGCAACAUCCGUUGGCAUUGAGUCCGCAACGACAAGUAAACCUACUGAAAGAGACAGCACUGAAAGUAUUUUCCUUGCCCACGGCGAAGAAGAUAAAGACUUCAAACCAACUGUGCCGGAUGAACACGGCACCGAAAUGUCAUCCACUGAAGAAGGAGAAGGAGAUGGGGUCGAAUCUACAACCAAACCCUCUAUUACUUUGGACGAAUCCCAUAUUGUUGAACCCACAACUGUGCCUCCUGUUGACGAUGCGUUCGUCACCAAGGCUCCCUCUGAGGAAGAAGCCACCUCAUUCAUUCACGAUCUUUCAACCAAAUCUCCUUCUAGUUUCGCCGAACAAUCUUUCGAUGCUACUGAUGAACAUACCACCAAGGCUCCAACUACCACUGAAGAAGCUGGGGAAUCAGAGGAAAGUAUUGAUGAACUCGCUACUAAAGUUCCAGCUGAUCUCGAAGAUGCAAGCGAAUCCACCGAAGCCAUUGAUGAGCAUGCUACUAAAGCCCCAGAGGAGUCUGAUGAAUCCACAGAAACAACCAAAGUCCCCAUCCAUGCUGGCGAAUCAGCUGAACUUGCCCCUGAACUUGCUACUAAAGCUCCUGUUGUCGAUAUAUUUACUGGAGUUGUGGAUGAACAUAGCACGAAAGCGCCCAUUGAAACUGAAGCUAACGAACAGUCAACUGGAACUGCCGAUGAAGAUAAAACAAAAGCUCCCAUUGAACAAAUUGAAGGAUCUACGGAAAUCAUUGAUCAACACAGCACAAAGGCUCCCACUGAAAUUGAACAAAUUGAAGGAUCCACAGAGAGCACUGACGAACACAGCACAAAGGCUCCCGUUGGUGUUGAAAACGUUGAAGAAAUAUCUGAAACAGUUGACGAACAUAGCACAAUGUCUCCCGUUGGCUUGGAAGGAUCUACUGGGGGCGUCGAUGAACUUGCUAGCACAGCUCAUGCCGAUGCUGAUGAAUCCACUGAAACCCUUCUUGAAGUGGCUACCAAAGCCCCUUCAAGCACCGAAGAAUCUGAUGAGUCGACCGAAAUUAUUGACGAACAAUUUACUAAAGCACCUGUUUCUUCUGAGGAACCUAUCGAAGAAGAUACUACCAAAGUUCCAGUCAAAGAAGCUGAAGCAUCAGGCGAAAUUUCUGAUGAACUUGUCACCAAGGCGCCUCUUGACUCUGAAAGCGCAGUUGAAUUGGAUACACAGGCUCCUUCAGACACUAAGGAAACUAUUGAUGAUUUGGCUUCCAAAGCUCCCGUUGCUACAGAUAAGGUUGAAUCGUCAACAGAAAUUAUUGAUGUCCACACAACGAAAGUUCCAACUGGUUCAGAACGACCUGAAACAUCUACAGGAGCUAUUGAUGAGCAUGUUAGCGAAACUCCAACUGAAGAGCAAGAUACUGAUAAAGUCACUUCUACUGAAAUCUCUACCAGCGCUCCCACUAUGGUUAAAGGGGAGGUCGAGGAAACAACAGAGCAACAGCUUACUACAAAGGCUCCUGCUGGUACUGAAGCAUCUGGUCAGCCUACUGAAGGUGAUAGAGAAUUCGUUACCGACAUUCCUACUUUUGACCAGUCUACUGUCAGUUCUACUGAAUCUUCUGUUACUGACGCAGUCGGAGAAGCCAGUACCAAGAUUCCAUUGGCGGUUGAACAAGUCGAAGAAUCAUCAGAAUCUGUUGAGGAUAUCGAGUCAGGUACCGAAGAAGAUGUUACUAAGAUGCCUGCAGCUUUAGAUGCAGAACAUAAACUCACUGAACAGCCCGACAAAUCUUCCGAAUCCACAGAAGCAGAUAAACAGGAAGAAGGUAAGGACACCAAGCCAGUGAUGUCCCAGGAGACAUCAACAAAUGCACCUGAAGAAGCCGUUACAAGCGAAACUACUGAUGAACACAUUGCAUCGCUAGAAUCAUCUACUAAAGCUCCUGUGGCCCACGACGAAAUUCCCGAUACCUCUUCUGCAGAAGAACAUGGUGCUGGUGCGCCCAGUGGUGCUCAAGCUGCCGAUGGAGACCAAGACGAAGAACUCUCAACUAAAUCUCCAACAGAAGCAAGUGAAGGUGAGCAGGAUUCCACAGAAGCUUCUGGUGAUACUGAAUCAGAAGCCGAAUCCUCUACAAAAGCUUCAUCUGUUGAUCAUAAGAAACCCGAAUCUGAAGAUGAACUCGCCUCCUCGACUACUAAGCCUUUACUUUCCGAGGCAGAACAUCAAGCUGCUUCUACUGCGGCUCCAAUUAAAACUGACGAAGCCACAUCUAAGCCCACAGGCAUUCAGGAUGAUGUAACAGAAAUACCUGGCAAACAUGAAACUGAUGUGGAAAAGGUAGAGGAACCAACUACAGAAUCACCGGAAACUUUGGUUCAAAUAUCUACCAAGACACCAUACAUCACAGGCGAUAAAGAGUCAGAGAUGACAUUGGAAGGUGAACUACCCACUAAGGCUUCACAGCUUGAUGAAGAAGAAUUUACAAAGAGUCCACUUUCUGACGAGGAUAAAACCGAAGAAUCAUCUGGAGAAGGAAAACCAAUACCCGUCGAUGAGGCUAUGGCUGGCAGCACUGUUGGUCCAACCCACGUUCAAACUGAAGAUAAAACAGGAGAGAUCUCAACAGUUCCACUUGGCACGCCUGAGGAAUUGGGCAGCGGUGAUUUUGCUUCUACCGAAUCGAUUGAAGGUGAAACACAUAGACCUUCGGAUGUGGGCAUUACCAAACUUGAGGAAUCAAUUGAUGAUGAGCUACAUAGUGUUGUUACGGAUGUACCAGAAGAAGACAAAGAGCACAUCGAGAGCACUACUGCUAAACUCUCUACUGGUGAUGCAACAGUAUCCGAAGACAUUUCCGAAGAUGAUAUCAAAACAGUUGAAAAAGCAACAACCAUUAAACCAGACAUUGAAACAACAACUACAACAGAAUUUAAAAUUGAGUCUGGUACUAAGGAAGGAAUCGCCGAGAAGGCUGACGAUAUGCUCACACCCUCAGGAAUCGAAGAUAAAAUCGACCAAUCAACUGAUAGCUCUGGUACUAAGAAACAACCAGAAGCUAUCGAGAGCUCAACGCAUGUUCCUUCUCUGGAUAUUGGCUCAACUACUAGUGCUAUUGAAAGAGACUCGUCUGAGGAAACAACCAGUAGCGAAGAUAAAACUAAACUUGAGGGCAGCGAGGAAGAAGAGAAGGACGGACAAAAUAUUAUUGACGAAAAGCCUGAAGCAAUCGACCAAUCAACUGAUAGCUCUGGUACUAAGAAACAACCAGAAGCUAUCGAGAGCUCCACGCAUGUUCCUUCUCUGGAUAUUGGCUCAACUACUAGUGCUAUUGAUAGAGACUCGUCUGAGGAAACAACCAGUAGCGAAGAUAAAACUAAACUUGAGGGCAGCGAGGAAGAAGAGGAGGAUGGACAAAAUAUUAUUGACGAAAAACCUGAAGCAACCACUUUAUCGCCCGCCACCGAAUCUAUUACACAACCCGAACAACAUAAAGUGGAAGAAACUUCUGAAGGACUUGCUAAGCCCACUGAUAGUCCAAUGGUCAUCAUUGAAGACUUUUCACACAUCACAUCAGAUGAUAAAGAAGUUAUUGAAUCUACUAUUGCUCCUAGUUCAACUACCGAUAAAGUUCCAUCCCUUGAUGUUAAGGGCGACUUUGAUCAAGAGGUUCCUGAAGCAACAGUUAAACCUUCUGCUGAAGAUAUAUCCGUUGAAGAUAUGCAUGAUAUGAACUUGCCAUCGGUCAUUCCAGGCGAGGGCGACUGUUUGGUUGGUCGUAAGACCUAUGCGAAUAAUUCUGUCAUUCCCACCUCAGACGAAUGUGAAAUUUCCUGCAAGUGCAUCAGCAGCAUUGUUUCUUGUGAACGUGUUAUGUGCAACGUUCCUCAGAAUGUGGAUAAAUGUGUAUUGGAUGAAGCCAGUACCAACAAAUGUUGUCCCUCAUACAUUUGUGGGAUCGACAGUCUGCCACCUAAGGAAGGAGAAAGCUCAGAGUCAACCGAGGAAGACGAAGAUGAAGAAAUUGAAUUCACAACUAUUGGCGCUCCUCACAGGAUACCUGAAAAGGAUGGUCAAGAAACUGCCUCUCCUAUCAUUCCUGAAAUUGAAAUGCCUGUUGCCAGCACGGAAGAACCAAUGUCACAUAUUCGAGACUCUGAUGAAGACCUCCAACAAUCAACCAAAUCACCUGUGGUCGCUGUGGGAGAUGACAAGGUGGACAUUCUCACUGAUGCUGCAGCACCAACUACUGAAGCUACCAAAGCAGAAGAUAUUAUUAAACCAGAAUUUAUGGUUCCUGUAGAGAAAUUCGACGAUAAGCAAACCACUGUUCACGAAUUACCAUCCAUACACAAGCCAGAUGAGAUGAAACCAACAGGUACUACAAGCGAUGAAUCGCAAACAAGCAAACCCAUUGAAGCCGAUGUAUCGACAGAAAUUAGUGACGAAGAAAUUGACCACACAUCUAAGCCUAUCGAAUCCGUAAGCACUGAAGCAGACAAGAAAUUCCCCGAAAUUACGGACAUUGAAAUAACCAGUUCAACAGUAGCCACACCUGUCUUCAUGACCACAACUUCAUUGCCAGGAAUAGACAAAGAAUCCUUUGACACGGGAGAAGCUCACACCGAAGUUAUCGACUCUAAAGAUCAUGAGGAAGUUGAAGAAAGUUCUGGCGAAAUUGACCAUCAGGCACCAGUUUCAGUUAUCGAUCAAGUUCAUACUUCAGCUCCUUCGGUUGUUGAUACUACAGGCGCCGCUACACACAAACCAUUGGAUAUGGAUGAAUCUACUCACAAGGCAACUGGUGUGUCCGCAGAAACUCCUAUUCUUAUCGAAGAGUACACAGUAGAACCCAUAAAAAUAUCUACCGAUAUUACAGAGGAUUCUGAAUCAACUACAAUUUCUGGAGCUGGCAAGGAUGAAGGCAAGGAGUCUGUUGAAGAAUCAAUAGGGAAAGGUGAAGAUGAUGGCACACACACUACACCAGCAGGUACCGAAGUUGGUGAUGCUUCAUCAACUAUUUCCUCGCUCGAUAAAGAAUCUAUGGACAACAUUGAAGUUCAUACCGUUUCCUCUGACCAUACAACGAAGCCUUUGGAUCACACUCUGGCUCCAUCGGUUGAAGAAAAACCGUCAAUUUCAAUCACUGAUGUAGAGGACCAUACCGAAAUAAUUCCUUCAAUUGGUGAGCCUGAUGAAGCAGUUACUGAAAUCCAAACGGGAGAUGAAAUUACCACUUCACCAAUUGAUGGUAGUGAUCAGAAAGUCACUGUUAUGCCAAUUGAUGAAAACUUGGAAGGUACCAUUUCCCCUAUCGUGGACGGUACGUCAGAGGAAGCAUCUGAAAAACCAGUUUCAUCAACCUCUCCUCCAAUGGUUACUGACGACAAAACCGAAAACAGAACACCCGUGCCCAUUGAUGGAUCUAAUGAAGAUGAAGAAACACAAACAACGGUUCCAGAAUUCGGAGCACAUAGCACUUUAUCACCUCUGGAUGCAGAUAACAGGAAAACAACAGACAAGCCCAUCGAUUUCGAUGUUACGAUUGAUGCAACAUCCGAAGGAGCCUCGUUGGUUCCAUCUGUUGAUGAAGCCCAUACCACUCGCCCGGUUGUUGAUGACUUCGAAACACAAACUUCAGCGACUUUGGCAGAGGAGGGUGAAGUUUCAACCUCCGAAAAGGAAAAGGACGAAACAAGCAGCUUGGCACCAACAACUAUUUCGUCUGCUGAUGAUGGUAUUCACAAAGAUACCACUGCUCAAGGAGAAGUGGAUCAAACUACCCUUGCUACGAUUGAAAAGGUUACGGAAUCCGGCACUGAUGAUCAUAUUACUCAAGACAUCGAUAAACAAGAGCAAGAAGGUGAACAUGUUACUCAUUUACCCUCUGGUGAAGAUGAAAAUGAAAUCAAACCAUCCAUGGCACAUACAGAACCGUCUUUGCAUGCCGAAAAGGACGAAGAGUCGGCUACUCCUGUUACCUCUUCAGAAGAAAUUGAUGAAUCAGCCGAAGAUGCUGAACACGUCACAGUUGCUCCCAUUGCACCCAAAGAACCAUCACUCGAUCUUUCGGAAGAAGCUUCUGGUGAAUCUGUUGAAUCCGAAGAAGAGAAGGAGAAGGAAACCAAACCAGUUCAUCCUCAACACAUUGGCGCUUAUGUUACGGAACGCGUUGAUGAUACUACCGACAUACCUACUUCUGCUCGUCCAACAACGGACAUCAGCCAAGAAGACGAAGAAGGAGACACUUCUGGCGAAGAAGACGACACCGAAUCAGACAAUGCCACGGUUAAACCUGACGUUCACAAAAUCGACCACGCUACUCCCACUAAAAUUCCUCAGCAAUCUGAAGACGUUGAAAUACCAACAUCUGAAUUACCUGGAGAACUUGGCAUUGACGGCAUUACUUCGGCUCCAGCUGUUGGUAUACCGGAAGUUUCUACAACCCAAGAAGCAACAAUUCUUGAACCUUCGGGCACUGAUGAUGUCUCUAAGAUUUCAUCUGAGGAAGGCGUACCCUCUGCUACUGAAGAGGCAAUGUAUGUUGAAGAUAUUGGCAGUUCAACUCUUACUCCAUUGAAGCAAGAUAUUCCCACUGGUGUUACGGAACCCCCAGAGGCCAGCGAAGAAGACCAAGAAUCUUCAGCAAUAUCUUCAAGUGUAACUAAAGAACCCGAACUCACGGAUCAUGGUAUUGAAGCAACGACUAGUCAAUACACAGAAGGUGAUGUCGCUGGUAUCACUAAAGUCCCUGAAUCUGAUGAAGCUAAAUUAGACGUAACAAAGACUCCUAUGGCCACUGCUGAUGAUGAAUCCGUAACCGCCAAAGCACCAGAGGAGGAUAUUUCCAGCGUUACUAAAGCACCUGAUAUGUUAGAAGGCGAUAAUACAUCAACUUCCAAACCUUCUGAAGAUGAAUUAGCUGUUACCAAAGUUCCAGGAUUUACUGAAGGCGCAGAAUCCUCGACAUCGCAGUAUCCAGAAGAUCUUUCUUCUAUUACAAAGGUUACCGAUUCUAGCACUCCCCUUGCUGAAGAUAUUGAAAGCUUUACAAAUGCACCCGCUACUCAGGAAUCUUCAGAAUCUGGUACUUCUGAAGAGGUUCCAGAUAUCACAAAGAAACCUGCAUCAAGUGAAAUUUUGGAAGGGUCUGAAGAAGAACUUUCCGAUGUUACAAACGCUCCUGUAUCUGUUGAUGGUAUCGACUCUGAUAGUUCCCAAAGACCUGGAGAUGUUACCGGUGUUACAGAAACUUCAGUAUCUGCUACGACACAUAAAGAUGAAGCGCAUAUUGAUUCUGUUACCAAAUCUCCUGGAGCAUUGGAAGGUGAUAAGGUUUCUACUUCAGAGGAAUCCGGAGAAGCCAUUGAUGUUACCAAAGCUCCUAUUUCGGUUAAGGUUGAUACUUCUAAAGAAUCCGAAGAAGACAUUUCCAAAGUUACUGAAGUGCCGGUAUCCGUAGAUAUCGAAGGUAUUGCCACUGAGGGAAUAUCCGAUCAAACAAAAGAACCUGAAUCUACAGAAGAUAUCGAAAGUGCUACCUCUUUAGAAAUCCAAGAUGAAUCUACUAAAGUUCCUGUGACAGCUGAAGGAGACUCUACACCAACUACAUCCCAGAUAUCUGUAGAAGCCCACGACGUUACAGCAGCUGCUGUACCAAGUGAUGGCAUUGAAUCGACUACUUCGCAUCAUAUUGAGGAAGGCACCUUCAGUCCUACAAAGGCUACGAUGCAUGACGUUGAAUCUGCAACUGUUCAACAAGAGGAAGAUAGUGCAUCCGGUAUCACCCAGAAACCUAAACCUACCGAAGACAUCGAAAGUACCACCGAUUCCAUUUCUGAAGCCACAAAGAUUCCCGAGUCUUUGGAAGCUGAAACUGGUACCCACCAAGUAUCAGAAGACAUUUCUACUGUUACUCCCGCAUCCGUUGAAGAUAUUCACGUAUCUGUCAGCACCCAAAAACCAGAAGAUGCUUCCGCAGAUGUUGGCGCUGAAUCUAUUACUGCCCAACAACCACUUGAGGACAUUUUUAGUACCACAAAAGCUCCUCUAUCUGCUGGAGAAAUAGAAUCCGUUACAAAAGGCCCUGAGUUCAUGGAUGAUAUCGUUGAUGCUACUAAGGCUACUGAAUCACCAGAAUCUGUUCCAUCUGAAGAAAAGAAAGAAUCUUCCGAAGGUACAGGAGCUGGAACAGUCCAACCAGAAGAAAACAUCAGCGAUCAAGAUAUGUCUGGCACUACAACAACUCCUGAGAGUGCUGACUCGAUUCAUAUUGAAGACGAUGUUACUGAGGCUCCAGAAUCUGAUGUUAGCAUUACAGCUCAUGGACUGCAAGAAGAUGUUUCAGCUGUUACAACCGUUCCUGAAAAGGUCGAAGAGGAUGCCGUUAUUACGAAGGUACCAGAAACCACUGGUCAUGAUCUUCCGUCUGCUACAAAGACUCCCGAAUAUGUUGAUGCCGUUACGCCAGAGAAACCCACUGAAGGUGUUUCCUCCGUUACAACGGCUCCAGAAUCUGAAGAGAGUGUCACUGCACAAAAACUAGAAGAAGCAUAUAAUGACACCGCUGUUACGAAAGCUCCAGUCUCUACUGACUCAGAUUCUUCGAAACAACAGGAAGAAGAGAUUUCUUCUGUUACAAAAACUCCCGAAUCUGCUGACUCCGAAGAUAUCGUUACAAAGAUUCCCGACUCCGGUGAAACAGAUGAAUCUGAAGAAGACACAUUCAGUGCCACUACAACUCCACAUGGCAUGGAAACCUCUACUAGUCAGCAACAAGAUAUAUCUGGUGACACUGCAGCUAUUCACGGUGAAGACACAAGCGAUAAGGGACCAGCAGAAAAAGAAACCUUCGAAGACCACACCAAGACACCCGAAAUAUCCGGAGACGAAUCUGAAACUAACACGCACAAGACACCAAUGCAACAAGCGGAUGAAAUUGGCGAAGAGGAUGUUACUAAAGUUACUGCAAUUGGUUUGGAACAUGAUAAGACUGAACAGCAGAUUCCUGCGGAUGAAUCCAACGAGUCUACUAUGGUCAAACUGCCAGAAGGACAAGAACAUGUGUCAACCGAAUUGCCCGCUGUGGAACACGACAUUUCAACAACUAGCCAUGAACCUGGUUUGGUCCAUGGGGAUGAAUCAUCAGAGGAAACAUACACUGAAACUGCCGAUAGUGGUGAAGAUAAAGUGCAACAUGACACAACAACUGUCCAUCCACUCUUCCCCCACCAUGGUUUCAGCACAACACCUUCAAUUGCCAUUGAUCAUCGCAUUGAUGUCAGCAAUACCACAGGCGGUAUUCCAACAACUACCACAAGCGCACUCAAUGAUACCGAACACGCUGAAGAUGAGAUAUUCACCACAACGCCACCAGCCCCUAGCACAACAGCACUGCCAAUUACUCCACCAGCUCCCGGCGCUAACUAUCAACCACAACCACCUAUCUACGGUCAAGCACCACAAUAUCCACCACAAUACGAAGAUGAGUACACCGAUGAAGAUGAGACAGAAAUAUUUGGUCCCGGCACUUGCCGUUAUGGUGGCAAACUCUAUGUUUCUGCUCAGCAAAUACCCCGAGAUGAUCCCUGCGAUUUCUGUUUCUGCUUCCGCAGCGAUAUCAUUUGUUUGCAACAAUCUUGCCCACCUCCAAUUGCCGGCUGUCAUGAAGAGCCCAUCUCCGGCUUCUGUUGUCCCCGUUAUGAAUGUCCGGUGUCUAUGGCCACAGUGCUCAAUAUUACGACAAGCACCACAACAACAAGUACCACACUGCCCCCACAUUUCCUGCAUCAUUCGUAUGGCAGUAAUGUACAGCGUAAUGGUUGCCUCAUCAAUGGACGCUCUUACAGUGUGGGCGAAAGAAUUGAAUCAACAAGUGGUCCAUGCAUUAACUGCACAUGCGGCGGUGACGGUAAAAUGAAAUGUGAUCCUCAGGCCUGUGUUCCUGAACCAACCAUGCAACAAGUUAUGGCUGUUGUAGCGGCUGGUCGCAAAAGAUGAACCCCUAGCCAUGCUAAUUUAAACUAAUUAUUAGAUUUUUUUAUAUAAAAAGCAAUUAUUUUUAAGUAACAGUUACAAAACACCCACUACACUUUUCGCCGAUUCCCAACACUUCCACACCCACAAUAAGUACAUCCUGAGUCUUCUUUUCAGAAUUACAGAAACCCGAAAACAACUCUCCAAUAGCCUAG